CCCCGACUCUCAGAGCUGCAACACUUUGGUUCCGCCUGUAAGCAUUAAAUCCCGGGUUCUUCUUCCGGACACGUUAUUGUUGCAUCAGCAUCCACCAUCCAGACCUGAGGCCAUGUCGACCCCAGCAGAGCCAGCCUUUGAGUUUGGCUCCUUGCUGCAGAUCAAUGAGGAGGCCGCGGCCCUCAACGACUACCUGUCCUCACGCAGCUACCUGUCCGGGUUCAGCCCCUCCCAGUCCGACCACAAAGCCUUUAAGCUGCUCCACAGACCCCCAGAUCCACACCACGUGCACGCUCUGCGCUGGUACAGACACAUGGCAGCCCUGCAGCAGGACCUCCACCCAGACAGCAGCACUAAAGGGAAGCGAGUUCAGCCGUCCUGGUCUCCACCAGCAGGAACCGACGUUCCUCAGCUCCGUCUCUACAACAGCCUGACCAGAGCAAAGGAGCCGUUUGUUCCCCAGAAAGGUAACCGGGUGACGUGGUACUGCUGUGGUCCGACUGUUUACGAUGCGUCACACAUGGGACACGCCAGAUCCUACAUCUCCUUUGACAUCCUGCGGAGGACGCUGAGGGAUUACUUCAAGUACGACGUCUUCUACUGCAUCAACAUCACCGACAUCGACGACAAAAUCAUUAAACGAGCUCGACAGAAUUAUCUUCUGGAACAGUACAAGGAGAAAAAACCUCAACCUGCUCAGAUCCUGCAGGACGUCCUGAGCGCCAGAGGGCCCUUUCAGACCAGCUUGGCUUCGACCUCAGACCCCGAUAAGAAGCAGAUGAUGGAGCGGCUGGAUGCUGCUGUAACUGACGCUCUGGAGCCCCUGCAGGGGGCGCUACAAAGCAAAGCAGCAGAUGUUCAGCCUCUGGCCGAGGCGCUGCUGGAGAGCUCCAAGGAUCUUCUGGCCGACUGGUUGGACAAACAGUUUGGAAGUGAAGUUACAGAGAAUUCCAUCUUCUCCAUCCUCCCCAAAUACUGGGAGGGAGAGUACCAUAAAGACAUGGAGGCCCUGAAUGUUCUCCCUCCAGACGUCCUGACUCGGGUCAGUGAAUACGUUCCUGAGAUCGUGGAGUUUGUGAAGAAGAUCGUCUCCAACGGUUACGGGUACGAGUCCAACGGCUCAGUUUACUUCAACACCUCCAGGUUUGACUCCAGCCAGCAGCACUCGUACGCCAAGCUGGUGCCGGAAGCCGUGGGAGACCAGAAAGCUCUGCAGGAGGGAGAAGGUGAUCUGAGCAUCUCUGCCGACAGGUUAAGUGAGAAGAAGUCCCAAAAUGACUUCGCCUUGUGGAAAGCCUCCAAACCCGGAGAACCUUCCUGGGACUCUCCGUGGGGGAAGGGACGUCCUGGAUGGCACAUUGAAUGUUCAGCGAUGGCCGGCUCCAUCCUGGGGGAGUCGAUGGACAUCCACGGCGGCGGGUUUGAUCUCCGGUUCCCUCAUCACGACAACGAGCUGGCUCAGUCUGAGGCGUUCUUUGAGAACGACCACUGGGUGCGUUACUUCCUCCACACCGGACAUCUGACCAUCGCCGGCUGUAAGAUGUCCAAGUCUCUGAAGAACUUCAUCACCAUUAAGGAUGCCUUGGCCAAGAACACAGCUCGGCAGCUCCGUCUGGCGUUCCUCAUGCAUUCCUGGAAGGACACUCUGGACUAUUCGUCCAACACCAUGGAGUCGGCCGUCCAGUACGAGAAGUUCAUGAACGAGUUCUUCCUGAACGUGAAGGACAUCCUGAGAGCUCCGACUGAUAUCACCGGUCAGUUUGAGAAGUGGGAGGAAGCCGAGGUGGAGCUGAACAACAGUUUCUACGACAGGAAAGCUGCCGUCCACGAGGCUCUCUGCGACAACAUUGACACCCGGACCGCCAUGGAGGAGAUGAGGGUUCUGGUGGGUCAGAGCAACAGCUACAUCGCUGGAAGGAAGAACGCCAAGCUGAGGCCCAACCGGCUGCUGGUGGAGAACAUCGCCGUGUACCUCACCACCAUGCUGAAGAUAUUUGGUGCCAUUGAAGGAUCCGAUCUGAUUGGUUUCCCGGUUGGAGGACAGGAUCAGAGUGUGGACCUGGAGAGCACCGUGAUGCCGUACCUCUCUGUGCUGUCGGACUUCAGAGAGAACGUCCGGAAAAUAGCCCGAGAGCAGAAAGUGAUGGAGCUGCUGCAGCUCUGCGACGUCGUCCGUGACGAAACAUUACCGGAGCUUGGAGUCCGACUGGAGGAUCACGAAGGUUUGCCUACUGUUGUGAAACUGGUGGACAAGGAGACCUUACUGAAGGAGAAAGAGGAGAAGAAGAAGAUGGAGGAGGAAAAGAGAAAGAAGAAGGAAGAAGCUGCCAGAAAAAAACAAGAACAGGAGAUGGCCAAACUGGCCAAGAUGAAGAUGCCUCCCUGUGAGAUGUUUCGUUCUGAAACGGACAAAUAUUCCAGUUUUGAUGAAACGGGUUUUCCCACCCAUGAUGCUGAAGGGAAGGAGCUCAGUAAAGGACAAGCCAAGAAGCUGCGUAAACUCUAUGAAGCUCAGGAGAAGCUUCACAGCGAGUAUCUCCAGAUGAACCAGAAUGGAAACUGAUGGACCAGAGCCUCCAUCCAUCCAUCCAUCACUGCAGAAUAAAAGCUACCGGCUCACCGUUUGUCUCCUGUUCAUCUUGUUCUGGAUCAAAACAAGUGUUUUUGUUCUUUAUUCUGUCACAAUGACGGUUACAGGUAACCAUGCAACAUUUUUCAAAAUAAGAGCGGGAAGAACUCACCGACAAAAACAGACUUUUUAUUUUUCUCUUUGACUUUGGUCAACAUCAGCAGAACUCUGCAGGAGGUUUGGACGAAACUCUACUGGUCAGUUUGGGGAUUGGUUAGUUUUGGAAUUUGCAUUUUUGGACCUUUUUGUGGAAAAGUGUCACUUUUUCCAACAAUAAAACAAAAACACGUCUUCAGUUAGAAACCUGUUUCACAGAAUCAUCAGAAAUCUGCGUUUGAACAGAAUUAAUCCCAUAAAAGACAUCAUGGUGCAUUUUUACAUCAGUUAGAUAGAAACCAACUGAUAUUGGAUGAAAUGCAGAAAUAUAUUUUUAUUGCUUAUAAUUCACACUUUUUAGUGAACUAGAAAUAAAACUUCUGUUUUCUGAUUUUACUGCUGUAAAAACUGGAACAUUUUAGAUAAUUUCUAAUUUCCACACAUUCAUCAAUCAUUCCUUGUUUCAUUUAGAGUAGAAAAUCUUUAUUUAUGGGCCGUUUGAUUAAUUUUAAUUUAUCUGCCAUGAAUUUUACUAAACUUCCCAUAGAAAUGUGUUUAAACCAUUUAAAAAUAAUUCUACUUUGGAAAACAUACGGUUGGUUUGUUGAGAAUUUACAAAGUUUAUUAUCUGGGAACAAAAAAAAACACCAGACAGGAAAAAACUACGUUAGAUUAUGUUCAGAAUAAACUACAUUACCGGAAUUUCUAUUGUGGAGAUUAAUUUAUCAAACUUGGAUAUUCAUUGUUAUUUAAUUUCUGUCAAACUUUCAGGACGUUUGGCUGCAGAAUAUUCUGAUGGUUUACUGGACCUUUGGUGCAAAUUUCAAAUGAAUCCAGUAAUAAAUGAUUGAUGAGGAUUAGAAAACUUCAACCUUAAAAAGGGAUUUUGAUCAAAGCUUUUAGAUUUUUUUAAAGAAAAUCGUGAACUUGUCGCUUUGAGGUUGGGGUGAGGGUGAGCUGGCCUGGAAUGACCUUAAUUACUGAAUAAUCUUUGAAAAAUAAGGCUCAUAUUCUACGUUUUUCUGUUGAACCUGUAGUGUUUAGUAGAUAAAGGCAGUGGUCUGUUUCUAAAACCUACAACAUCUGAACACCAAAAGUCUCGUUAAUAGAAGAAGAAAUCGUGCGUUUACUGAGGGGCUACUUUCAGCUGCGUAAUGAUACACAUGUAGUAAAGAUUCCACUGAGGAUUUGUGAUUUUAAAAAAAAAACUAAAAACAUCAGCAGACGGUGCUUUAAAUGUGGGCAGCUGACAGAUUUAACCUCCUGCUCGUCUCCGGUAUCUUUGACUGAAAACCGGAUGACCAGGAGCUUUUUAUUCUUAUUUUUAUUCCUCUGCCGUCCAUGGUUAGGGUUUCAUAUUUUUGUUGUUUUUAUUCAUUAAUGUAGAUUUAAUUUAGGAAGGAGCUCUAAAUAAAGAGAACCGCUGAUUCCUGGUGGAGGUCAGCUCUGGGUUAAAACCCUUUAAGACCGGAUAAAUGUCAUUACUGCAUCACAGGAAAUGGAUUUAUAUUCAUAUCUUCAUGUUUGCUGUUUCAAUAAAGGCUUGAACUGGA